UGGGGGAGCAGGUUAGGCCAGCCAGUCGGGCGGCAGUCUGAAAAACUUUUUCGCUCUUGGUCCCUCCCCCUGUGCCGGCUUCCCUGGGCGCCCCCUCCCCUCCCUUCUCUUGCCUUCUCUUCCCCUCCUUUCUCCUCUGCUCAGCCUCACACGCCGCCGGCUGGAACCGCGGAAGCAGUCAGUCCAUCACAGUCCAACCAGAGGCAGUCCGGUUCCUGGCUUCUCUGCCGGUUCGGCUGGAAUGCACUGAGUAGCGGACCGAAGGGAAGUCAUAGUGGCAGUGGUACCUGAGAGCUUCCUGUUGGUUUGGCUGCUUCCAGAGAACGGCUUCCCAUCCUCCUCUGUUUGUGAAACUCUCAAAGGUUUGGGUGUGAGAGUAUUGAUGCCUCAGUUUAUCCCAUCUCCACCAUCAAGAAAAGAUGUUCUACUGACCUUACUGUUGAUGGAUAAGAACUGAAGAGGAGAAAAGAAGGAUCUCGGAGGGCCGUAGCCGCUCUGGACCGGAGACAGGCUAGAUUCCUGACGGGAGGAGCCCAGGUCAAGCGGCAAGUGCAAUUGAGGUGUUUCCUUUUCCGGAGAGGGGAAUGAUGGCACUGGCUAGAGGGUUUCCUUGGGACUGUGUGUCCGUUAUGACUGUGCUGCUGAUCCUCUCGAGGGGCUCGCGGGCCCAGAAGGAUUGCACAGGUGUGGACUGCAAGCCCUUGGAGAAUUGCAUUGAGGAGGUGCUGGAGCCUGGGGAAUGCUGUGCCUCGUGCUUGAAGCAUGGCUGCACCUGUGAGGGUUAUCAGUACUACGACUGCGUCAAUGUUGGCUUCAUGAACGGCAAGGUCCCUGAGGGGCAGUCCUACUUUGUGGACUUUGGAAGCACGGAGUGCUCUUGCCCCAAAGGUGGUGGGAAGAUCAGCUGCCAGUUCAUGCUUUGCCCAGAUCUACCCCCCAACUGCAUCGAUGCUGUCAUCCCCACCGACGGCUGCCCUCAGUGUGGGCGCAUAGGUUGCUUGCAGGAAGGGGAGAAGUACGUGGCCGGUCAUACUGUCCGCAUGUCCCAUUGCAAAGUCUGCCACUGCCCAAACUCUGGCGGCGAGCUCAUUUGCUACCAGCUCCCAGACUGUGAUGCCUCUGCCUUCCACCCCUCUGGCAACCUCUCAGAACAUGAGGAGAAUGACCCUGAGAGACACUACGAUGACCCUUACAGCUAUGACCAGGAGGCUUCAGAAGGAGAUGCCGCACAGGUGGAGCCUCCAACAAAAGGAUGGACAGUUCCAGUAGCCCAGCCUGCCCCAGACCCCAACAGCCACGAGCAGCUGGAGCAGCAGGAGGAGGAUACAAACACCAUUCCUGCCAGCAAUACAACCCUUCCAGGACUGACCCAGCUCAUCUCCCCUACCAGGCAGGCAGCUGCUGUGGCUGUGGACCCUAAAGUCCCCGGCCAGUCUAGAACCAGGAGUGUGAUGGAACAGCAAGAGACAGGGAUCAUUAAGGAACCAGAGGAGGAGGAAGAGGAGGAGGAGGAGAUGGAGGAGGAAGAAGAAGAGAGGGAUCAAGAUGUUGACCACACAGAAGAGUCCAAAGCUCAUGAAGUGAAUGAAAAGGCCACGAGGGCUGGAAGUAUUCAUGAGAAGCCAGAGGAGAGACAGAAUUCAAACAAUGCUGUAGAAUCAGAGGAGAGAGUCCAGGAAAGAGCUGAAGAAAGAGGGAGGGCAGAGCCUGAAGGAAACACCAUUCCCAAUGCUCAACCAAACCCCAGAGACAGGGGAAGAGAUGGGGAAAGGGGUGCCAGUAUUGGAUUCCAAGAGGUGACUCCCACAGAAAGAAAUGUGCCCCAGCCAGGCCAGGGGAGUCAAGUGGAAAAGACCAUCCCCAAGGUGAAAUUUACUCCAAGCACUCUCCCUCCUGUUGCUCUCCAAGAGGAUCCAACAGAGGAGACUCCCAAACAGUCCCAGACUCUCUACCACUAUCCCCCUCAAGAGAAGAUUGACCCAAACUCCAUUCAUUCUGACCCCAGAGGGCAGGAAGGUUCUACCAAAGACCUGAUAGAGACAUGUUGUGCAGCUGGACAACAGUGGGCCAUUGACAAUGCAGAAUGCACAGAGAUACCUGUGAGUGGGGCUGAUGGUGAUGUCUGCAGGAUUGCUCAGAAGCAGUGUUGUAUCUCCUACUUGAAAGAAAACAGCUGUGUUGCUGGGAUGGUUGGUGCCAAGGAAGGUGAAGCCUGUGGCCCUGAGGAGAAUGACACCUGUGGAAUCUCCCUGUACAAGCAAUGCUGUGACUGCUGUGUCCUGGGUCUGAGAGUCAAGAAUGAGGGGCAGAUGUGUGAGUCCAACCCAAAUCUGGGUUAUCCCUGCAACCAUGUGAUGCUGUCUUGCUGUGAAGGGGAGGACCAUCUCAUUGUGCCUGAGGUCCGGAAGCCCCCUGAGCCUUUGCCCACAGUAACACCAGAGAAAGUUUCAGAGAGAGAGAACCUCCACGAAGCCUUGUCCAUCAGCCAGGAGUCUGAGCUGUCUAACAGCCUGCCUGGCGAUGACCGAGAUGAGUGCCUCCUGUACCCGGGCGAGCUAUGCCAGCACCUGUGCAUCAACACUGUGGGCUCCUAUAAGUGUGCCUGCUUCCCCAGAUUCACCCUGCAAGAGGAUGGACUCAGUUGCCACCCAGAUAGUGAAGUGAUGAAGCCAAGCACUAGAGGAGAAGGGCCCCUUGUGCCUGAAGCCCCCCACAGCCAACCUGAAAUCAUACGUCUACCCCAACCAGUUCCAAACACCUGCAAAGACAAUGGACCUUGUAAACAAGUAUGCAACGUCAUAGAGAACAGAGCCAUGUGCUCUUGUUUCCCUGGGUAUGCUAUCAUGGCUGAUGGAGUCUCCUGUGAAGACAUGGACGAGUGCCUCAGAGGUGCUCACGAUUGUACCCGAAGACAGUUUUGUGUGAAUACGUUGGGAUCAUUCUAUUGUGUCAACCACACAGUGAUCUGUGCCGAGGGCUUUAUCCUCAACAUGCAUAGGAAGUGCGUGGAUAUUAAUGAGUGUGUGACAGACACACACACAUGCAGCCGAGGAGAGCAUUGUGUGAACACAGUGGGCUCCUUCCACUGCUACAAAGAUCUCAACUGUGAGUCGGGUUAUGAGUUGAAAGAAGGAGAGUGUGUAGACAUUGAUGAGUGUGCCCAGGGGAUCCAUAGCUGUAAAGUCAACUUUGUGUGUCAGAACACCCAGGGUUCUUUCUACUGUGAAUCCAAGCAGCGCUGCAUGGAUGGAUUUCUACAAGAUCCAGAGGGCAAUUGUGUGGAUAUUAAUGAAUGCACUUCUCUUCCUGAACCAUGCAAACCUGGAUUUAAUUGCAUAAACACCGUUGGGUCCUACACUUGUCAGAGGAACCAACUUCUGUGUACUCGAGGAUACCAUUCUAGCGAAGAUGGGUCCAAGUGUGUGGAUGUUGAUGAGUGUGAGACAGGUGUUCACCGCUGUGGCGAGGGGCAGGUGUGCCACAAUCUUCCUGGGACUUAUCGCUGUGACUGCAAGAUGGGCUAUCAAUAUGAUGCUUUCAGCAGAGCCUGUGUUGAUGUAAACGAGUGUUGGAGCUAUCCAGGCCGCUUGUGUCAGCAUGCCUGUGAAAAUACCCCUGGUUCCUACCGCUGCUCCUGUUCCUCUGGCUUCCAGCUGGCCUUCGACGGGAAGCACUGUGAAGAUGUGAAUGAGUGUGAGAACAACCCUUGCAGCCAGGAAUGUGCCAACGUCUAUGGCUCCUACCAGUGCUACUGCCGGCAAGGCUACCAGCUCGCAGAGGAUGGGCAUGCAUGCAAAGACAUUGAUGAGUGCACCCAAAGUGCUGGUAUCCUCUGUACCUUCCGUUGUGUCAAUGUCCCUGGCAGUUACCAAUGUGCCUGCCCUGAGCAGGGCUACACCAUGAUGGCCAAUGGCCGGACCUGCAGAGACCUGGAUGAAUGCACUCUGGGCACUCACAACUGCUCGGCGGCUGAAUCUUGUUACAAUAUCCAGGGUGGUUUCCGGUGCCUGCUAUUUGAGUGUCCACCAAACUACAGAAAAGUCUCUGACAUGAGAUGUGAACGAACCAGCUGCUUCAAUUUCUUGGACUGCCAGAGCACCCCAGUUCGGAUCACUUACUACCAGCUCAACUUCCAGACCAACAUUGUGGUUCCCGCUCACAUCUUCCGCAUUGGCCCCUCCCCAGCCUAUACUGGUGACAACAUCAUCCUGACCAUAACGAAGGGAAAUGAAGAAAAUUACUUUAGUGCCCAGAAGCUAAACCCCUACACAGGUGUCGUCUACAUUCAGAGGCCAGUCAAGGAACCGCAAGACUUCCUUCUAGAUGUUGAAAUGAAACUCUGGCGCCAGGGAACCUACACCACCUUCCUGGCUAAAAUCUACAUCUUCAUCACAGCCCAUGCCUUCUGAGGCAGGCAGGGGUGGACACUGGGACUGGCCGUGCUCUGCUCUUUAAUCUUUCUACCAAAGCCUAUUUAGUCCUGGGGAAGUGGCUUUCACUGUAUCUGGCACCUCUAUUAUUUUUCUAUUGUCGCUUGAAACAGUAUUAUUAUUAUUUUGUAAAUUAACUUAAUUUUUACUGAUUUGUUUCUUCUCUAGUUUGUUGAGUUUUCCCCUUGAAGUUGUGCUAGAGGAAAAAUAUACAUGAAUUGUUGGUCUUCAGUGACGUCUUUAGAAGAGAAAGCUAAAGAAUGAAAAUUGGUAGCUAAGUGCAUCAUUGAAGUGAAAAACUGGACUGUGUCCAAAAGAGGGACACAGGAAUCAGAGGGAGACAUUGAACCAUUUUGUAUGAGGGAUAAUCGAAGGAUCCGGAAAUGUUGAACCUAGAAGGAGAAGGCUUGGGCUUUUUUCUUUGCAAGGGUUACCACGUGGGGAAAGGAGCAGCUAUUCUCUACCCUCCAGUAAGGAAACUAAGACCAUUGGGUGGAAAUUCCAGGAUAGUGCCUUUUAGCUCUCCCUGAGAGAAAACUUCCUAAUGACUGGUGUCCAAAAAUCAAUGAACUCCCUGAAGAGGCAGUGGGUUCUCUGACACCAUAAGUGUUUAAAUAGUUGGGAAAUAAAUCGUUUGUUGUGAAUGUUGUAGUGAGAAUUUGUGACUUUGCAAGGGACUUGGCCUAGUCAGCUUUGAAUUUCCUUCCUAUAAUUCCAUAUCCAGAGUAGAAGACAAAGUAGCUUAUAAAUGAAUUUUGAUUCCACUUAUAGUAUAGUUUUCUCUUAAAAUGCUGGGCCUUAAUGCUUGAGGAUACGAGGAUUCCAAGUCUGCUCCCACUAGGACUUUCACUGAAGUGUAUCACCUUGGGCCCAUCACCCUGACAGGAAGAUCAGCCCAGUCCAAGAAGAACAGCAUGCCCGAUUGUACUGUCUUUCCCUGGCAGCAUGGUUCUGUCACCAUUUAUGAGAGAAGGAAGAGGACAUCAUCUCCAUCAAAGCUCCGUAAGAUAAAGGAGAAGGGAGAAGAGAAAAGAGAGAUAAGGAUGAUAAUGUGCUAGAAACUGAAGUAGUAGCUAGGGGAAAGUUUGCCCUCCAACAGGAUCAUUAAAAAUUAUUUAUAAGGUUGAUGGAUAUGUAACAUGCUUUUUUAGACAUAUCUUUGUAUAGAUCACUAUAUAUGCAAGUAUAUGUUCCUAUAUAUGCAUAGAAGAUUAGAUUUAUUUUCCACGGCUCCAGGGGAUAGAGCUAAGACCUCUAGAUGGAAGUUAGAGGGAAGCAUAUCAUCUCAAUGUGAAACAGCAGGUUCAAUUCCAUUCAACAUUAAGUGAAUAUUCUGUGUAGUUAUAGGUAAUAGACUUGGGGCUGGAAGUGACUUUAGAGGCUGUCUAGGUCCCCCUCAGAUAUCCCAUUUGAAGAGGAGGAGCUAAGGUCCAGGAGACACAGGCAACAUGACACAAUAGAUGAAGUCAGGAAGACCUGGGCUCUCAUCCUGCCUCUGACCGGGAAGUCACAGUCUCUCAGUGCCCCCAGACAACUCUCUGGGUUUGAGGCAAGUUGUCAGUUACUGAUCCGCUUCCAUCAAUCAAUGAAUAAAUAUUUAUUAAAUGGUUACUAUGUGCCAGGCAUAGUUCUAAGCCCUUGGGAUGCAAAGAAAGCCCCAAACAGCCCCUACCUUCAAGAAGCUUACUAGUUCUAAUGGAAGGAAACUAAAUAAUUAGGUACCCAUAAGAUGCAUGCAAGAAAACAAUGUGUAAAAUUAGGUUCCUAUAAGAUACAUAAAAGAAAACAAUGUAUAAAUAAUUGGAGACCUACUGAUAGAUGGUAGUGGAUGAAGUUUCCACAACAGGAAUUGAUUGCCCAUAAUGAUGAAAUCUGAAGUCAAGAUAAAAACAAAUUACUAGACCCUAGAGCUAUGUUGGCAAACCCAUGGCACAUGUGCCCUGGCAUGCCAGAGGGGGCUGCUCUAUUCCCUCUCUCCACAGCGCCCAAGGACAUUUUUCACAUGCUUCAUCCCUCUGCCCAGCACUCCCUCCCUCCCUUGUCUGGAGUAAUGUGGGGGGAUUCAUAGUUGUCUCAAGUGCAGUUUGGGCAUGUGAUCUCUAAAAGGUUUCUAAUACUGCCCUAGAUACACAAAAACAAAAAGGGAGGCCAUCCCUGUAUUCAAGGCAUUUAUAUUCUACAAAACAUUUGUAAUGAACAUUUAUUAGCUCCUACAACUUGCAGAGUACUGGGAAAGGUUCUAGGGAGCUCUGAAGGCUUAAGUCCUGCUGCGCUCACGGAAUGUACUAUCUACUAGAAUGAUUAGACUCCAACACCAGUAACUAUAAGACACAAUAUUAUGUCAUCCAUGCACUAGAGAGGUAGAAAACCAAUGUCGGGAAUAACUGUCUAAUAGAACUUCACCCAAAAAAUAGAAUGGGCUGCCUUGGGACAAAGUGAGUUUUCCAUCAAUGGAGGACUUCAGGCAGAAGCUGAGGUCUCUGGACAGGGAUGUUGCAAAGAGGUAUUGGGCAGGAAUUAGACUACAGACCUCUCCCUCUUCUCUAGUUCUAUGAAUUUAUAUGUCCUCAAUAUGGUUAGACACAUGAAAAAUGCCUAUGUGUAUGUAACUAUACUUCUAUACAUUUAAAUUCAGCAAACAUUAAGUGACUUGUGAACAUAUAUAAUUCAUACAGUUGGACAAUGAUAGGAAUUAGCUGGAAGGGCCUUUAGAAAUCACCUAAUCCCCUUAUUUUACAGAGGAAGAAACUGAGGUUCAGGGAGGUGAAUGACUUGUCAAAAGGCAAACAAAUAGUAGAGUUGAGAUUUGAAGCCAGAUCUUCUGACUCCAAAUCAUGGGUCUCUUUAUAUACAUGCAUAUACACAAAUGCAUGUACAUGUACCUAAUGCAUAUACAUUAUCAUGGUGUAGUGAAUAGAAAGUUGGACUUGGAGUCAAGAAGACCCAGAUUCAAAUCCUUGUCAAUUUUGACUAGUAGAAUGGCAUAGUAGGUAGGAUAUCAGAGUUGGAGUCAGAAAGACCUGAAUUCCAGACACUUCUUGGAUGCUUACUAUGUGACCUAAGGCAAGUCAUUUAACUUCCUUGCACCCAUCUCCUCAUCUGUAAAAUGAAAAACUUAAAUCAAAGGCCUUUUUUCCUUUCAACUCUGAAUUUAUGUCCCUAUGAAAAGUCUGUGAUCUUUAUCAGUAAAAUGGAAGAGGAAUACCUAUGGUGCUUCCCUUAGAGUCACUGUGAGAUAAUGUCUUUAAAGUGAUCUAUAGAGUUUAAAGCAUUAAGAACUGAUUGAUAAGCUCUAGUGGCAAUAGGAUAGCCCAAUUGAAGGGAUGAAGCCUUGUGUUCUCAAGAAAAACUAAGAAUUAAAGCUGAAGACUUAUUUCCUGUAGAUUGUAUAUCUGGGAAAGGGAUCUUCUCAUUUUCUCAUCAAGAAAAGUCAAAUUACUUGCCCAAGAUGGCUCAGCUAGUAGGCAGAGCUCAGUACACGGAGACCAGGGGGAAAGCUCUCUUUAGAUGAUUUCAUUGUCUCAGUACACCCUCACAAACUGGACUUUUCUUUGGUUCUCUAUGAAAGGAGAAGGGGGUCAGGCCUUGUAGUGGAGGGGGGCAGGGGAACUCAGGGAGGAAGAUGAGGAGAUAAGCAUCAAAAUUUAUCCGUGGCUUCUGUUUUAGGAGUAUCUGCCACAGGUCUCCUCAUUCUGCUAAGAGCCAUGAUUCUUAAAGAGGAAGGCAAUCUGGGCCUUGGACAUGUAGUUUAUUCUCGCUCUCUUAAAGGGUAUUGGAAGGCAAUGAGAUGAUCUGAAGGUCUAGUCAAUUCUCCUAGAACGUUUUGGAUGUGAGGGGACAGUACUUUAAUUAGACCCAUCCAUCCAUGCAUCUGACCAUCACCAUCCAUGUCUGUAUGGUGGAUAUCACAGUGCACAUAACACUAGGGGGAAAAAGAAUUGUCCAUCAGAUGCUACCCUCCAAUUCUUCCACCAAUGGUGAAGAAGAUUUCAUAUAAACAUACAUACGUGCGCCCAUAUACAAAAAUUUGGGUAUUUUAUUUGGAGAUUCUUCGGGCCCAGAACCUAUGAAAAAGAGAUAAUGUUUGUUUGUUUGUUUGUUUUCCUGGGCCCAAAGAAAUUAUGCUCAGCCCUGGGUAUGGAUCCAAAGUGACUCUAACCCUCUCAGUCAAAGUACUUCCUGAGAUAAUUUUAGCAUCAGAUUUAUAACUAAAAAGGAAUUGAGGCCAAAAUUGUCUUGAUCAUUUCUCUCACUUAACAGAUAAUAAAUAAUAAGAGCUACCACGUAAUGACUUAAAGUUUACAGAACACUAUACGUGUUAUCUCAUUCAAGCCUUACAACAACUCCAUGCACUAGGUGCCAUUAUUACCCCAUUUUACAAACAAGGAAACUGAGGUUGAGGGGUUCAAUAAUUUGUACAAGGUCACACAGACAACAUAUGUCUGCUGAAUUCAAGUUUUCUUGACUCAAAAGCCGGCACUUUAUUUACUUUAGCACCUAAAACAAGAGAGGUUAAUUAACUUUUCUAAGGUCACACAGAUAGUAAAUAGCAGAGCUAGAAUUCAAACCCAGGUUCUCUGACUCCAACUGUAGCAGCCUUUCCAUCAUAGCAUGUUACCUUUCUAAGAUAUCAGAUCUAUGCAACAAUCAAAGGCCACAGUGCCAGUGCCAGAACAUGUUCUGGUUGCUUAUACAUACUUGACUAUGAAGUCAACCUGCUUAAAGAAGCAGCCCAGGUAGUUGGAACCAGGCUCUCCCCUCUGGUUCUGGCCUUCCUUCUCUUCCUACACCCGGAGUACCAGAGGCUCUGCUCAUAUCCAUCUGGAAUCACUGUGCUAGGGAAAGAUUUCCAUCAGCAUUAUUGGGAUGAUUGAGUGGCCUGGCCUCCAGCACUCCAGCAAAUCUGCUCCACUGGGGAAUCAAUGGACAAGUCAGUGCUUUGUCACUUGGACCCCCUGUGGCAAUGUGAUCCUCUGGGAGUUCCAAGCCCUACCUCAUCAUUAUCCAUCUGCCAUGGAAAAAUCAAGUGGGGGAAAUGGGCUUGCAAGAAAUCACUUCGAAAAACCAAGAGCCUGCAAUUCCAGAUGCUGUGGGCUCUCUGAUUUAGGCACUGCUUUGAAGAGACAUCACCAAUAUCCGGCUGAAGGGAGGAGAGUGUCUCCUAAAGCAACUGGGCAACUGAUCUCUCUCUGGCAAAGCCUCAUUCCCCGACUUCCCUUGUUAACCAGAAGAGUCUUCUUUUCAAUCACCUACAACCUCUCCUUCCCAAGGAAGGAUGCUUUCAGGACCUCUUGCCCUGGAGGAGAGCUCAGACUGGUUUCCUCAAUCUCAGGCCUUCUUCCUUCCAUGAUAUUAUUAACCAAAGGGCAAUACAAAUGACUCCCUCCCCUGCCUUCCUCUCUGCUAACUCCUAGAAACUGAAAGGCUUUUGUAAACCCUGUCCUGUAUGCUGUUUCUCAAUAAAUGCUACCUACCACCAGCGUAUCCCUGAA